GUCUAGAAUCCAUACACUUUUGUUUACAAACACAAAUUCGGCUGUCAGCAUGCUUCACUUGGGAAUGCAGGAAGUCUAAAACCCUAUAAAAGAAGAAAGAAGAAGAAGAAGAAAUACAGGAGGCGACAUCAUAGAAAUGCCUUGGGAUGUAUGAGUUUUCACAUGGAAAGAAAUUACUUGUCAAGACAAGAUAAGAAAGGAAAAUACACGAGAAGAGGGAGAAAAACAGGCCACAUACUUUUCUUCUGGAGCGAAAAUUGAACACUUCACAAUAUGCCGAGACGUAAACAAGUCUUUGCACAUCGGCGGGAAUACACAUCAGAUGAAGAAACAAGAACACUAAAUGGCGAGAGGAAACAGACAGCAUCAGAUCCCAUGCAGAUAGAUGAAGAUGUCCUUUCCAUAGUGAAAACUGCAAAAGCUUUACAUAAUGAGGGCUAUUUGUACAAGGAUGUCAUACCCCCUGCAGAUCUACAAGGUCUAAAAGAAAGAUAUAUAGGUGAUAGCACAAAGGUGUCAACAGUAAACGAUAUCUGGAAAUUCUGGGACAUGUUGGAGGAAGUAGCAGGAAAACCAGACGUGAAGCCCAUUUCAGUAGUGAAUUCACUCCCUACAGAUUCUGAUGGCACAGAACCUUCAUCAUCAGUGUCAGUAGCACACAGCCAAGAGGUAAAAGUACAUAAAAGAAAGGGUAAAAAAAAUGCAUUAAAACAUGGUCGAGUACCAGCAGAAGCCAACCUUUCACUUACAAAAUACUCAAACUCAAAACCAACAAUGGUGCUUCAACCUUCAAUCUCUGCCUCCGAUCUACUUUGGUUAUCAAAACUGCCUCAAGUUGCUGCAAAAACACAACAAUUACAGUCAUCAUUUCCACAGAUGCUUGCUAACUCUGUGGCAGUGUGUCAGCUUUCAUCACUAAAGUCAGUAACAUCUUUGUUAAAAGAACAGAGUGCAGAGAAACAUUUAGAAGAGCAAAAUUCAAAGGAAGUCAAAAGAAAAAUUCUAAAGCAAGUAAGAGAUUUCAUUCAGGGACAAAAUGCAAGGUUUGAAAGACUUGCUGAAAUUGCAAAACGUCAAAACAGUUUAUUGGAGCAGUUUGCAAAACAUAUGGUCCUAAAAGAACAGCAAGAGCUAGAGUUAAGAGGGCUCAUGCAGCAACAGUUAGGACAAAUACAGCAGAUGGAACACUUUUAUGAUGUGCAGCACCGACAGCAUCAACAGUUUAUCCACCAACUUCGGCAGCUGCAGUUGGAAUUUUUAUAUGAACUGCAUGACCACCACCAGUGCUACAUACAAGGGAAGGGCAGCAGUUGAUUUUGGCAAAAGACUGAAUUGAAAUGCUCCCAGCAAAUGAUAAAGCCAGUCUAGCAAAGUGAGGGUGAUAUGCAAGUUACUUCAAUUGCAUCAAUUGAUGGUACAAUAGUCUGUGAAAGCAACUGUGAAUUCCCCUGUUUGCUCAUGCUGAGAUUAGAGCAUUUAUCUUGUGAAAUUGUUUUUAUAUGUUAUUAUGAGUAUAAUUUCCUUUUUCAAAAUCAAAUAACAGUAUAAACUGUUAAUAUAAAAUAUUGUAGGCAAAGUGGCCCACCAUAUAUUUAGUUUAGGGAAUCCCAAAGACAAUACUAUUGUUUAUAAUUUUGUAAUAAAAUUGUACUUUAAA